GUAAAAGCACGUAAAGGCAACGCGGUUGGAGAGAGGAGGAGGCACCGACAAAGCUCCUGAGCAGAGAGCUAGCUACAACAACCGGACCCCCCCAGCUGAGCUGCGGCGGCGUGCUCCUGUGUGCUUCAACUGAGCAACAUGAUGGUCAUAAUUGAAAAGACACUGGACAAAGAACUCCCCACAGCUCCUUUAAGGUGCAUGAACAAAACCAAAUGAGCCAGUUGACAGUGUCCUCCAACAUUUCCUUUGCCCAAUGGAAGCCAAGGGAUUCAGCGAGCGAUGGAAGAUGCAUCUGCCAGACUUUAAGCACAGCCGGAGAUUUCAGGGUCCGACCAUAGAAGACAGUGAAAGAGGCGAGGCAGAGAGAGUAAGAGACAGAGGAGGGCCACAGAAAAGUGUUACUAUGGCGCCCACCUCCAGGUAUCUGACAGACAGACAAUAUGUCAUGAGAAAGCCUCUGUUCUCUGCAGACCAAUAUCCAUCUAUCUUAAAGAAGACACAUCCACAGACGCACACAGAGAAGGAGAAACCGUUAGCUGUAAGUAGAAGAGAAGAAAAUCAGCAACUCACUGACAUGAACUUCCUGACCAGAGCAAGAGCAGAGCUGACCUCAGAGAGCUUCAGCCUCUCUCACAGUGACAUCUCAUCUCCCUCAGCCUCUAGAGAAUACCUCGGCUCACCCAUGGCUGUCUCAGAGCCCAGUCUUUGCCAUGAAGAAUCAUUUCCUGGCAGGAGAUCAGCUCAGCGGAGCCUCUCGAGCUCCAUCCUGGAGGUCCAGAGACUAAACCCUCCUCUGAGGCCGCUGCUGACCUCCACUGUCCUGCAUCCUACCUACACCCCUCGCUCAGGGUACUCCAGGCCAGGCCAGACUCAGCUCAGGCUGCGUGGGAGGGAAGAGGGAGUUGGAGGGGAGACCAAACUAUGCUCUUCUGGACGACACUCAGAGGGACAGCCAAUGUCUCCCCAUCAGGCGAACUACUGGGCCUGUGCCGUCCCUAAAGCUUUGCCUCCAUCUCCAGACAGGCACUCUGCAGGCUGGGAUCCAAAUAGGGAGUACCAGGCCCUGCUGGACUACACCUACCCUCUGAGACCUGGAGAGGUGGUCACGGAGUGGGACAGCUCCCCGCUCCAGGGAGACUCUCUACUCCAAACAGAUCCCAGCUUGCAGGACUCGGGAAUUGAACUGGACCACCUGUGUAACUCGACCAGCAUGUCAGGGGCGGGCUUUACUGAGAGCCGCACAGGGCAGGCAGGAGAAAGAAGCACUCUUAGCGUGGGUCAUAGGUCACCUGACCUGCAGGCUUGCACCAAAUCCUCGGAUGGUACCUCCCUCUCCCUUCCAGACCCUGUUGGUUUGUCCUUGGAAAGUCUAGACACCAGUAAGAUUGAAAGUGGAACGAAACGUUCCAAAAGUGAUGGCCACCAUCAUCAGCACCAUGCACUGUCCUCCUCCACCUCCACUGCUUUUAUCCGCUCCACCAGCGUUCUUCCACAGUCCAGGUGUCUGUGUAAGGACGUGGACGAGGAGUUCUGGCCUCUUCCAGAGCAGCUGGAGGAGCUGCAGCUGCUGUCCAGACAGGUGAGGGAGGUGACGGCCCAGCUGAGCCGGCCUGUCACAACCAGCUGGGAGUCUCUGGGGCCAGGCACUACCUCCAUCCUGUCCUCCACCACUCUGCCUGAGAAACAAGAGUCUGAGGGCAACAAUCAUGACACAGAUGGAGGAAAAUAUGAGCUGGAUAGAGAGAAGAUGAGUGCUGCUCAGACAGCAGGUGAUUCCAGGGACUCUGAUGCAGGGAGGAGGAGUUUUGGAGCCUGGGUGGAGCCUGUUGGAGGGGGACUGAGCCGGUCCAGUCUCAGGGAGGUGGAGGCUUUGGUGGAGCAGCUGUGUGGCCUCACCCUGCCUCGUAGCCAGAGGAGCAGCCAGGAGAACCAGGAGCAAAGUGACUCUCUGAUGCAGCAAAUCCAGGUCUUCUGUUCACACCUGGAGCUGCUCGUGCAGCAGCUGUAUACAAUAUCAGAGAAGAUGGAGCUGCUGGCUGCGCCCACUGUGGACAUAGACAGUGUGAAGUCGUCUCUGGCUGAAUAUCAGAGUUUUCAGAGGGAAGUGAGCAGCCAUCAGCCCCUGACCUCCUGUGUUCUUCACACCGGACAGCUUCUCCUCAGCUGCAUCGACACCACGUCUCCAUUUUUAAGAGACACCCUGCUGUUGAUUGAGAGGCAGUCUGGAGCUCUGGAGAGCCACACAGAACACUUUUUUUCCUCCAUCCUGUCUGCCAUGGACAGCCUGACCCAGCCCAACCCAGUCCAGCAGAACAGAGAGGAGGACGCAGGCUCCACUUUGUGAACAGACUGCAGGAUGCGUUUGUGUACAGCAUAUGAUUUAUGUCACUUAUUUAUUUCUCUGUUGUCUUACUUCCUUUUAAUAAUUCUGUGUUUUAAUACAGGGUUCUUGUUUGUGUUUCACAUAAAGCACAACUGACUUUUUUAAGCAUUGGCUGGCCAUGUAUGCCUUAACAUGAUAUUUGCUCAUCUUUGUAUCGGAGAGAUUUCAAAAAGGUUUCAUGAAGGAAACAUUCAGGACCAGCUUAGCGUCUAAACUGAACUGAUCACAUUGAAUAAUACAGGACCUUGAAGUGCUCUUAAAACUCUGCCUGAAGAAUUAUGUUUUAUCAUGUCUUAAUAUUACACUGCCUGUUACUGUCACCAUUGUAUUUUUUAAGCCCUGCUCUGAUCACCGUUUCUAUCACUGUAAUGCCUGUGUUUAAAUGAUAAAUUAGCUUAUUUUUCGAGUGGAAUCACA